AUGGCUUCCUGGUUUGAGAGAGUAGCUGGCUUUCUAACUGUGGGAGAUCUAGCCUUAGACACCUCCUUGUGGAAUGUUAUGGAUGACUUCUUUGACACAGCCUUGGUUAUUUCCACGAGUAGUAGUAAAGGGAGAACUCAGAUGUUAGAUUCCUUCUUACUCACCUUAGGAUCCCUGGUGACAGAAAAGACUGUACACCAUCAGAUUCAAAGGGAGGUUCUGAGGACUCUGAACUCUAUUUUGCAUGCUGUACCCUGCCAAGAAAGAAGGCAGCUCCCUUUGUCAGAAGAAUGGGCUCGGUUCAUGAAUGACCUCGCAAGGACAGUCUUGACUGAGGGUGAUUAUGACCAACAGAUCACUCUUUGUGAAACAUUGUGUAGACUGACAACAAAAAGAUCGAGGAGUGACUUUGUCCAGCAGUGGUUUGAAGAUAACACCAUUGCUGAUGCUUUCAAAAAAAUUAAGGAUCCAGAGUUUGACACGGAUGGUAGACUGUUUCUCAAUUACCUAAACAACAGACUUGGUGACCAAAGAAGGGUCUAUUCGUUUCCAUGUAUUGCUGCUUUUGCUGAUGGGCAUGAGAUGAAAAAACCAGCAGACGAAAAACUAGAAAAAUUUUGGAUUGAUUUCAACGAAGGAAGUCAGAGUAUUACUUUUUAUAUAGCUAAUACUGAGAGUGUUCUGUGGGACCCAGUAAGACUUUCAAAAGAAGCAGUGGCUAAUUUCAGCAUAAUAGAAACUACAAAGAAAAAGAGGCUGAUUAUUAACCUGGAGAAGCCCAUAAGGAUCAGUAAUAGAGAAGUGAUGAAAGUAGAAAUCCAUUUUGACUUACAAUUUAACAUAUCACAGGCUUCUGUUCGUGCUUUCGGAGAAGACAAACAGAUGUUGCCUGACCAGACAGAAAUGUCCUCAGAGCAUUUAAUGAAAUUUGAGAAUGGUCAAACCAAGGUUCCUACCAACUGUGAAAAAGAGACAGGUGAGGCAGAGGAAGCCACUGAGUUAGCAGAGUCAAGGGGUGCUGGAUAUGACCGCUGCCUGAUAACUCUCUCCUUAAGUGACCUCAAUGAAUUUAACCAAGUAAAUACAGCUGAUCGUUCACCUGAAGAAUUGGAACUGAAAGAGACACACAGAGGAAAGACUUCAGAAAGCGAAGGCUCGGAUUCUUCAGAUUUACAAGAAUCAUCAGUAAAAAUUCAGACUCCCACAUUAUAUGAAAAAUCAAAGGCACAUUCUGCUUCCAAGGGUGACAGAAGGCAAGAAAAACAGAUGUCGUUUAAUUAUAGGAAACAUAUCUUCUUGGAAAAUGAUCACAGUUCAAGCUCUGAAACCAGUGAACAGUCUUGGAUCAAUAACCAAAAAUGGAAAUCCCUAACACCAUAUCCAGGUAGAAAAAAGACAACCAAGAGUAAACUAAGAAUCUUGCCGCUUUUCCUUUCCAGUAGUGGAAGUGAUCAUGAGAAAGACCAGCCUAAACUUGUAACACCACCAGGAAAAUACACUUACAAGCAAAAUAAUGCCAAACCUUCAAAAGUGUCUAGAACACAGUUGCAGAGUGGAUCUUCAGUUUUAACUCCUGGAGAUUCUGGGCAGAAAACAGACCUCCAGAGUCCCCCCCAGCUGGGUGAGCUCUCUUCCCUGGAACACUCAGAAGUGGAGGAAAAUGUAUCUGAGACUGUGAACCAAGAAUCACUGAUGAAACAUAAACACAAACUGCAAACCCUGGAAGACAGUGCAGAUGAUAGUUCUGCAGAGUGGAAAAAGUCAAAGUUGGAAGAAGGAGAUGCUCUAGGGUCCAUUCCCUUAAUGACAGAAGAAACAGACUUGGAAGAACUCACGUCAGAGAGCGCAAAUGAUUCUGCCCUUAUUCUAGCCUUCGAAAACUUCACUGGAGAACUGAAAAGAAGAUUCCAGCUUAAACAGGAGAGGAGUCUACUUUAUUCGAACACUGCACAGCAAAUACAAGAACGCCUGAAAAGACUUUUAAGCAAGAUCCAUCAGUGGAAGUAA